GAUUUGGGCGAGGCCGGCCGGCCCUUCGCGAUGGCCCAACAGCUCCGGGACUCCUGCCGCAAGUGGCUACUGGCCGAGGGAAGUGACGUGGAGCAUGUCGUCGACCUGGUGGUGCUGGAGCAGUUCAUCGCUCGGCUUCCCAAGAAGACGGCCGAGUGGGUCCAGUGCCACCGCCCCACGUCGCUGGACUCGGCCAUCCAUCUGGCGGAGGACCACAUGGUGGCGUGCCCAGGGGUCGGCGCACCCCCACCUGCUAACUCUCUCUCUCCUUCUCUCUCUCCCCCCUCUCUCUCUCGCCCUGUCCCUCUCCCUAGGUCCCGUCCACCCGGCCCUCCUCGUGUCCCGCCCCGGGGGCGGGGCGGGAUCGACCAUGGACACUUCGGGAGCCCAAGGGCCCCGCCCAGGGGGGCAGGGAUUGUGCCUGCUGGGGGGGACAGUGCUUCCUUUUCUCCACUCUCUCCGCGCCAAUUCUCCAAUCCACUCCCUGCCACUGGGGCGGCGGGUAGGUCUGGGCUGGCCUGUUGGCGUUGCGGGGACCCGGAGCAUUUCGUGGACAGGUGUCCAGCGAUGGAGGUGGGGACAAUGAUCCGGGUCCCGGAUGUCCCACAGGUCACCCCCGGUCAGGCUGGCGAGUACCAAAUACCCACAGACGCAUCGGACAGGGGGCUGGGGGCAGUCCUGUCCCAGGAGAUAGAGGGGGAGGAACGGCCGGUGCUGUACAUUAGCCGGAAGCUCUCGAAGAGAGAGGCUAAGUACAGCACCAUCGAGAAAGAGUGCCUUGCCAUCAGAUGGGCCGUCCUCACCCUCCGCUAUUAUCUCCUGGGACGGGAGUUCACCCUCUGUUCGGACCACGCUCCGCUGCAGUGGCUCCACCGCAUGAAGGAUACCAACGCGCGGAUCACUCGUUGGUAUCUAGCUCUUCAGCCUUUUAAGUUCAAGGUGAUCCACAGGCCGGGUGUUCAGAUGGCGGUGGCCGACUUCCUCUCCAGAAAUGGGGGGGGGGGGGGCUGCAGGCCGGAUGGCUCCCCGGCCUGAGUCGGGCGGUGGGGGUAUGUGGCAGGGGGGGCGUGGUUUAGCGAAGUCUGCAGCGGGAGAGAGAAUCAGGAGACGAGCGGUAAGUGAGUGGUUUGGGCAAAAAUUAUCAUCACCUGUUUCUCGUUCUAGUAAUUGGCGUGGAGAGAGUAUAAAACGCCGGGAGAAACGGAUGCAAGCGAGAGAGAGACGGACUGCUGACCCGAACCGGAAGUUUGACGGAGUGUCAGAAUAAGAGUCCCCGUUUGGGUGUUUGUGAUUUUCUUUGUUCUUUGUUUAGUUUUGGUUAAAUAAAUACGUCAGCAGUCCAGCCGACCCCUUUGUCCUCUUCCUUGCCACACGAACUCA